AUGCUGCUUGCGAAUCGCUUUGGCAGGGUCACGAUCAUCGCGGGGGUGACCCUUCUGAUAUCGUUUCUCUUGGUGAUUCUUGCACAGAGCGCCGAUAUUCGGUCACAUCUUCCUAGUUCCACUGCCUCAAUAUGGCCAGCGUCGGAUUGUGCUGCGGCGGUAGAGCGCAGGAAGAAUAUUUCCUACGAUCUCACAACACCACCUUCGGUUGGAUGCGAAGACAUUGUCAAUGAUCUCCAACAAAGACUUAUUCAGGCGUAUACGAAGAGCCUCAAGGGUGUUCGAUAUGCGAACAUUUGGGGUUACCUGGAAACAGAGAACAAGGGCGAUGCCGCCAUUUGGUCUGCGCAACAGAUUCUCAUGAGCAUGCUCGGCAUUGAGAUGAUGGAGGCCUGCAGAUUCGUGGAUAGAGACUGCGACAUCAAGCGCUUUCGCAAGGUUCUCGAGGACCAUCGCCCCAACUCAGCCAUCAUCAUGGCAGGCGGUGGCAACUUCAACGACUACUACUGGGAAGACCAACCUUCACGUAUGAAGAUGAUUGAGACCUUCACCAAUGUCUCUAUUCGCGCUUUUCCUCAAAGCGUAUACAUGACGAACCCCGAGCGCAUCAAGGCGACCGAAGAGGCCUUUGGCAAACACAAAGAUCUGCAGCUUGCUGCGCGCGAUAAGCCCAGCUACGACUGGCUUGACAAGACCUUUUCCCAAAAGGAAGGUAUUGAGAGUCAUCUUGUGCCAGACAUUGCAUUCAUGUGGGGAAAUCGAUCUGAUUUCAGAGUCAAUACACCAAAGACUCAUGAUAUUCUCAUUCUUGCUCGGAAGGACGCGGAAAUCUCCGAUGGCGACUCUUCCGACAUUGAAUUUGGCGAGGGCGAACUGGACCUGGGCGGCAGUGUAGGCAAAGUUACCUACCAGAAGGUUGACUGGAAAUUCACCCACACGCCGGAUAUCGACCCGCCAAAGACUCGUGAUGAAGCAGCAGGCUCAACUGCGCCCAAGCGAGAAAACGGCAAAAACCAGCGAGCCUGGGCCAAGUCCAUUGCCGGCUUUGAGCUUCUGGGCUCAGCGCGCUUCGUCAUUACCGAUCGCCUCCACGGCCAUAUCUUGUCUACACUUAUCGGCGUCCCCCACGUUCUCAUGGACAGCAAACUGGGCAAGAACCUCAACUUCCACAACACUUGGACUCGCGACUGCGAUUGUACCAGGGUUGCAUUCAGCAUUAACCAGGCGCUCGACGUGGCUCGCCUUUAUUUUGAAAAGGAGGGAAAAGCCUAG